AUGGAGGAUCCUGUAUGGUUCGCAUUACGCAACACUACCUAUGCGACCAGCCGUCGCUACUUGCUGGCAAAUAGCACGUCAAUCACCUUUCAGCAUGCUGAGGCCACGUCAUGGCUGCUGUUUUGCAACGCUCUUUCGGUCAUUGGAGAGAUGAUUGUCAGUCACUCGGGUAUGACUGCAAUUCAAGCCCUGACCAUCAUGACAUUUCAUGCUAUGGGACUCGCAGGACUGUGUGUUGAGUAUCCCAUGAUCAAGUAUGCAGUACAAUUGGCUCAUGCCAAGGAACUUCAACGUGAAUCAUUGGCAUCGUGGGGCUUGUCGUCUGCCGACUUGCUCACCAGAAACUGGCUCUGGUGGACAAUCUCCGUGAUAGACAAGCAGAUGUCGAUACAAAGCGGUCGUCCAUCAUCCAUCCUCGACGACGACAUAAGCACCCCAAUCCCAACCACGGCGCCGCCAGGAAGUUCUAUUGAUGUAAAAGUGGUGACGCUCAUUAUACGACACGCUCAAAUAUGUUUCCGGGUAAUGGACCGCAUCAUGCCAGUCAAAGCAUCCAAGCAAGGAUUUGACAGACCGUAUGAGACGAUUCGCGAUAUACAAGAGCAGCUUGAAGGGCUGUUGCAAGAUAUGCCUUCUUCCAUCGAUGGCAAUACCACAUCAUCUGCAGCACUGAGCGCCAAUUGA